GUUUAAAACAACAGGUAUCAGUUUUCUUCUUUCUAAACGUUGUAAUCUGACAUUAAAAAUUCUCUUAGAAUACAUCGACGAAAAUGUUAGUCUUUGCGGGUGUUUUGGCUUUGUGCUUUGCCUCUGUACAUUCUGCAAGCAUUUGUGAUGGAUUAUUCGGGGUUCAAUGGAAAAUGGAUCCUGCAGACUGCUCCAAGUUUUACUGGUGUAUGAAUGGACGGGAAUAUGAAUUUAAAUGUCCAGAAAACUCUGUAGUAGACCGUGAAAGUCGAUCCUGUGUACCAAGAGGUUCCUCAUACGAUACAUGUACAACACAGACACCACAAAAGGUACCAUCAAUCUGUGAACUGCAAGCUGAAACCCGUAUAGCUCAUCCCGACAGCUGUGCUAAAUACUACGAUUGUACCAACAAAAAAGCCAGUGGUGCCGAACCAGAAGUCAAAGAGUGCAAGUAUCCAUUCCUGUUUGAUGAGGAGACGAAGAGAUGUGAACAUUUCAGCACCACAAAGUGUGGGAGACGGUUCGAACCCAAAAAUCAAUGUGGCUACGAAGCAAAUAAAUGUAGAUCUGCCCACUGCAUUCCAUGCCACAUUCGUUUUCCAAGCUGUGAAGGCUAUGAAGAUGGCAUGAACCCCUGGAAAGGUCGCGAGGGGUCCCCUCACUAUGUCGUCUGCGAGAGCGGACGUGUUGUGUACCAAGGAGAAUGUCCGCGAUACGCAGACACACAGCACGUAUUUCAUCCAGUUAAAAAACUUUGUGUAGACUUCAAAGAAAUGGACAUGUAAUAGCUCUCUAGAUAAUGAUUAUUACUGUACGUUGAAAAAAUUGAUAAUUCUGUUUUUUUCUUCAUCUCAUCGAUUCAGUUGAAACAUUAUUUCAUUAUCUUUUUUAAAAAGGUUGGGCGGGGGUUAUUCCUAGUGUAUGAAUAAUCUAUUUGAUGUUUUUGUUAGUUUUCGUUUCAUGGAAUGAUGUAAUAUUAAAUGCGAUUAAGAUAAAAAAUAUUGCUUGA